UGGAAAGCUAUGUCAACCGAAUGACAGACGGAGAAAAGUCAGCACUUCUCGGGGACGAAGAUCGCAUAUUCAUGUUCAUUAUAUCAUCAGGAACAACGGGCAAAAGUAAAAAAAUUCCUCUGUCGGAUCAGGGAGCAAAGGACAUGCAGUCUCAGCUAUACUAUGGUCCUUACCGGUGGUGUUUACAACGAGACCUCGUUCCGUGGAGUCUGAAGAAAACGAUGAGUGUCAACAAUGGCCACACUGUCCAGUACACCAAGUCAGGUCACGUAUUUGGCGUUGCAUCCAAUGUAUUUUUCUCAAAGGCGAUGACUUUGUUUGCACCUCUCUACACAAGCCCUGUCAUCAGUAUGCAGGUGAAGAAUGAAUUUGAAUCGCAAUACAUCCACACUCUCUUUGGGCUUCGAGACAAGCACAUAACUGUGAUUGCUACCGUCUUUGUUCAUAAUUUCCUUGGCAUGAUGCGCCGAAUGGAGGUCUUUCAGAAUGAUCUCGUAAACGACAUUCGUCGUGGUCGUAUCAAAGACGACCUGAACAUCUCUGAACACGUUCGUGCCGAACUGAAUGCACAGCUCACGCCCACGCCAGAAAGAGCCGAGGAAAUCAAAAAUGAAUUCGCGAAAGGUUUCAAGGGCAUCAUUCCACGGCUGUGGCCAGAUGUGAAAAGCAUCAGUGGUCUUUGGUCAGGAAGCACAAACGAGAUGUACUACAAGGAAGCCAAAGCUCUUACCGGUCCAGAUGUCCCUAUAGUCAGCUUCAUAUACAGCGCGUCAGAGGGCUUUAUGGGCUCCAACCUCGAGUGUACCCGCCCCGGACCGCCCAGGUACACUCUCAUUCCGGACGUUAUGUUUUUUGAGUUCCUGCCGAUUGUCAACGACCGCAUUCCCGAUCUGGACGAGAUCAACCCCAGGGAGCUCCUCCUCAGUGAGCAAUUGGAAUUGAACAAAACGUACGAGGUCAUCAUCACCAACUCCUCCGGCUUCUAUCGAUUCCGGCUCGGGGAUGUGGUCCGAGUGGUGGGCUUCUACCAGCAAGCUCCGCAGAUCGAAUUCCUCUUCAGGUCAGGCCAGAACCUGAACGUGAACGCAGUGAAAAUCUCCGAGGAGGUGCUUUUCCGCGCCCUGCGCGAGGCGGCAGACCGCUGGUCGUCCACUCUCAAGGACUACACGGCGGCCGGCAGCCAGUUCACGCCCAGUCAUCAGGGCCUGCUGGACCCGCACUUCCUCCUCUUCCUGGAGCUGGACGGCCCGGUCCUGACUGAGGAGCAGACGGGGUUGGUGGAUGAUAUCCUUCUGCAGCAGGAUGAAGAAUACGCCACAUUCCGGAAACUGGGGAGUAUCGCCAAGAUCCGGGUGUACCAAGUGCAGCCGGGUGCCUUCUCGCGCUUCCGUGCGCACCUGCUGGCGACCACGGACGUCACGGCCGACCAGUUCAAGAUGCCCAGAGUGCUGAAGAGCAGUGACAGGGUGGACUGGUUCCUCGAGAAUGUCCGCAACUGA